UUUGGUGAUGCCAGUAACGCCACUCAUGACCCAAAUUACGAUCAUGGAUCCUGUACUGCAACUAGGCAAUGGUAUAAUACAUGGUGGAGGGUAGACUUACUUGACAAGUACGUAGUGACCUCCAUAACUAUCACUAACAGAAAAGACUGCUGUCCUGAAAGGCUUGACAGAGCUGAGAUAUGCAUCGGCAACUCUCUGGAGAACAACGGCAACCAGGGUUCCUGCACUGAUAAUGUCCUCAAUCCCUGGUGGAGAGUGGACCUACUGAAAACACACAACGUGUUUCGAGCUGUAAUUACAAACAGAGCAGAUCAUUUUCCUGAAAAAGAAAUCAGAAUUGGAAACAGUCUGGACAACAAUGGCAAUGAUAAUCCCAGAUGUGCUGUGGUCUCUUCAGUUGCUCUUGGUUUUUCCACCUCAUUUGAAUGUAAUGGGAUGGAUAGACGUUCUGUCAAUAUUGUUAUUCCUGGACAGCAAGAAUAUCUUACACUCUGUGAGGUUGAACUGUAUGGAUAACCAUUGGAUUGAGAAGCACUUAAAAAAAAUCUUACUUAAAUAUCUAAAUCAAAGUUCUAAGACUAAAUAUCAUUGUAAGGCUUUACAUUAACUAAACAGAGCUCAGAAUGAAGCUAAUAAAUACAUUACAGAUCAAUGUAGAAUAUAUACAGAUUUAUGUGACUCUUGAUCAAAGGAAACAUGAAAAUGGACAAUACAGCACACAUUUUCUUACUAUGUUAGACAGCUGUGAGAACUGUAGCUAGCACCUGGCUGCUUGUUAUUUGACAUGAAGUAGUGAAUGUAUGUUGUGAAAUGAAUAAUACUUUGGUGAGUAAGUCUGGAGUGUCUUGGAAAAAAAAAAAAAAAAUUCAGAGCAACA